AUGAGCUUGCCCGUGUCUACAUCUAGCAGCGCUCAGCAACCCAAGGAAGAUGUUACAACUACCUCUUUGACCGAAAAAGCACGCGAUGGAUACCCCUCCUUAGCAUGGCUGAUGCAUCUGUACCCGGACAAUGCCAUAUUUCGUCGAUUCGGAGAGCUGAACAUGCUGCAUCUGCUACGCCUACAAGCAGAACUGCAAGAUAUGGAAAAUGAACUGCAGAAGAUAAGAGAGGAAGACACAAUGUCGGAUGACCUCAUCCGCAUGUGCCACGCAAAAGACUUCCGUGCCAUGCGCGACAAUGAAGAAGAUUCAGAGCAAUACGAGCUGCUCAUCAGUAUUGGAAAGAAACUCCAGGAAUACAAUGCGGCAUUAGCAUUGUCAUUACAAUCGAAGGGAGCAGAUCAGCCGACAAAGAGAGAGCUGCGCAAUCUUCAGGAAUGGCUAUCGAGACCCAAAGGUGGAAAUGGCUUUCUCGCGGGCGAGGAAGCAAGAGUAUGGGAAGGCAGGGAUACUUCUGAAUAUGUCACUCUGUUUCCACGGGAUCUUGAAGAUGACGCCUUCACCUCUUUUUUGGGCGGUCGCUUGCUGGAUAUAUAUCAUGCCGUCUUGGGUCACAGACAGCGUAGUAAAUACGGAACCGACUCUCCAGACGUCGACAUACGCAAAUACUCCGGACGACGGAUUAGGAAAGCUAGCAAUAUCGCCGUUGCCCUCAUGUCCUCCAUCCUACCUACUUUGGCUAUCCUUGUGCUCUAUUUCGUGAGGCGCAUGAUUGUGAGGAUAGGACUUGUCAUCCUAUUCACUGCAGUCUUUUCUAUUGCACUCGCAGUCUUCACAGCUGCCCGCAAGGUAGAGAUCUUCUCUGCGACAGCAGCGUUCGCCGCGGUCGAGGUCGUUUACAUUGGAGGUACUACUAAUAGUACUUCAUAG